GAUCAGUGAUCAUCGUCAUUGUUUCCGUAUAGAAAUUAAUUAGGGUUUUACUCUUAGGGUUGCGCUCUCUAUUUCUUAUAUAGACAAAUAAGGUAUGGAAAAGGAGUUAUUUCCAAUUAAUAGCUAUUUUCCUUUUUCAAUGUGGGUUUCUAAAAUUUUAGUCAAUUUAGUUACUUUAAUUAAAAUAUUACGAAGAUAAAUACAUUGUUUUUAUUUUUUGCCUUUUACCGUAUAUACUAAAAGGAAAGUCGUUUUUUUUUCUAUAAAAGUUAUUCCCAAAAAGGCCAACAAGUCAACAAGAAUAACCUCAUAUGUGUAUUCAAUUGAGAAUUUUAGAUGAUUUGUAUUAAAAUGACAAAUUCACUAUUAUUCAAACAUGAAUUUUAAAAACUAAUUUAAAAUUCAGUAUUAUUAAACUUAACAUUUCGUAGAGUAUUCUAAAAUCUACAGUUAUUGAAAAAUUAUAGAGUUUUAAAGUUUUCCGGUUAUUUUAAGGUGUUUGGGUUGAGUUUCUUAGUUAAAAUAAUUAAAACUCAAAUUUCAUGAUUUUAGGUUAUAUUUUAGAGUGCUUUAACAAAAAUCAUAUAAAUCUCUGCAACUUAUUGAAAUCAUCUAAAACUUUAUUAAAAAUCAAAUCACCUUAGAUGUUAUAUUGAAUACACCCCUUUUAAAGAGGAUUUCGUUAAAAUGAUUCGCACAUACAAUAAAAUUACGUCACCAUGACCUAGCACAUACCAAUCUUGAAUUUUCAACAUCCUUAAUGAAGUGUUCUAACAGCAAGUAUACUGUAUACCAAGUGGGUAGCCUCACUGGAACUCUGAAAAUUCAAUAACAGCCUCUUGCUUGCAUCAUCUCCGUUACCUUUUUUCUAAUAACUUCAUCCCCUCUUCUGCACUCGGCAGUUUUAACAAAAUAGAAGUUUUAGUACUUUUGUUCUCGAGUUUGAUUUGGGAAUGCUGACAAUGGUACCGUGUGGAACAAGGGUAAACAUCACCAAUAAUAGAGUUCUAUAAUAGUCAACAAAGACCAUUAUUAGUAAGUACUAAAGGUCAAGAAAGACCCGCACUUGGAUCCCACUAGGAAGACUUUAUGGCAAUUAGUCCAAGUCAAGAAAGACUUUUAAGCUAACGCCGCUACCACGACGGCAAGACUUAUCGGUAAACAUGCAACUAUAAGAUAUAAGUAAACUGGACAGCUCCAAUGCCAAAUCAUAUUUUGAGUAAACACUUUCAUCUCAAAAGUUUUGGUGCGCGAUGGCCACAAUGUCCGGUUCGCAACUGCUUUUGAGUUUUCUCUCGGCACUCUUACUCCUCUGUCGUGUCUCUGUGUCGAGCAUCUUCAUUGUAGAAAACCCUGUUGUUGGUCUUUCUGCUUGUCAUCCCCACCAUAUCCAAGCCCUUACACGGUUCAAGAACGAGUUUGAUUCCAGUGUUUGCAACCAAACUGACUACUUCAAUGGAAUCCGGUGCGAUAACAAGACAGGCGAGGUCACUAAGCUACAACUACCGAGUGGCUGCCUCAGUGGAACUCUGAAUCCCAACAGUAGCCUCUUCCGUUUUCAUCAUCUUCGUUACCUCAAUCUCUCUUACAACAACUUCACCUCCUCUUCGUUCCCUUCAGGACUCGGAAAUCUCAACAAACUAGAGGUUUUAUCUCUCUCCUCUAAUGGCUUCAUCGGUCAACUUCCUUCAUCUUUUAACAACCUAAGCAUGCUUUCCUAUUUAGACCUUUCCCGAAAUGAGCUCGUUGGUAGUUUCCUAAAUAUACUUAACCUAACCAAACUCUCAUUUCUAGACCUUUCCAAUAAUCACUUCUCAGUUCUUGAACCCACCAGUAGUCUUUUUGGCUUGCAUCACCUUCGUUACCUUGAUCUCACUCUCAACAGUUUCACCUCCUCUUCCCUUCCUUCCAGCUUAGGCAAUCUCAACAAGUUAGAGAUCUUGGCUCUUUCCUCUAAUGGCUUCAUCGGCCAAGUUCCUUCCUCGUUUAGUAACCUAAGCAUGCUAACCUUGUUGUACCUUGACAAGAACGAGAUCACUGGCGGUUUCCCACUUAUAUGGAAUCUAGCCAGCCUCUCAAUCUUGGACCUUUCCAGUAAUAACUUCUCUGGAGCCAUUCCUUCUUCUCUCCUCACUAUGCCUUCCUUGUCAUAUCUGAAUCUUCGUGGAAACCAUUUCACAGAUCCUAUUAAAGUUCCUGAACCAUCUGCGUCAUCUCGACUUGUUGUCUUGUUCCUUGGGGAUAACCUUUUUGAAGGAAAGAUCCUAAAGCCUAUCUCAAAACUCACCACCCUCGAAUAUCUUGACCUUUCUUUCCUAAACAUAAGCUACCCAAUUGAUGUAAGGCUUUUCUUCACUCUCAAGUCAUUGUUGAGACUUGAUCUCUCAGGAAAUAGUCUGCUGGCAACCAGUAUAAGUUCAUCUUCCAACGUCACGAUGAACGUGGAGGUUCUGCUCUUCUCACGUUGCGGCCUGAGUGUGUUCCCAAACAUCUUAAGAACCUUUUUGAGAUUGGAGCAUAUAGACAUUUCAAAAAAUAAUAUCCAAGGGAAAAUCCCUCGGUGGUUAUGGAACCUUCCUCGCCUAAGCUUAGUGAAUCUUGGUAGCAAUUUGUUCAGUGGUUUCGAAGGUUCGACCAAAGUUCUAGGAAAUUCAUCAGUGCAAAUAUUAAUACUGGCUUUAAACCUUUUCCAAGGAGCGUUUCCUGUUCCACCACUCUCUAUCAACGUGUUGUCUGUACGGAACAAUGGUUUCACAGGAGACAUACCACUUUCAAUCUGCAACUUACCCUCUCUCGCUGUUCUUGAUCUAUCCUACAACAACUUCACUGGUCCAAUUCCUCAGUGUCUGAGUAAAUUGACGGAUCUGAAUCUCCGGAUGAACAACUUGGAAGGAAGUCUUCCGGACAUGUUCCACGUUGGUACCUCUCUGCGGGCACUCGAUGUUGGCUACAAUAAUAUCACUGGGAAACUUCCAAGGUCUCUACUGAACUGUUCCUCUCUACAGUUUAUAAAUGUGGACCACAACCAAAUCGUCGACACAUUCCCUCUCUGGCUCAAGACUUUACCCAAUUUGCAAGUCCUCACCCUUCGGUCAAACAGAUUGUUCGGUCCUAUAUCUUCUCCUGAUCAUGGUCCUCUUGCGUUUCCAGAGCUGCGGGUACUUGAAAUAUCGGAUAACAACUUUACCGGAAGCUUGCCACCAAGUUACUUUAUGAAUUGGAAGACAUCUUCACUCGAGAGGAAUGAAGAUGGGAGUCUAUAUAUGGGAUACAAAAAGAAAACUUCCAAAGAUGGUUACUAUAGUUAUGAGGAUACUAUAGAUUUGCAAUACAAAGGUCUAUUCAUGGAACAGAGCAAAGUCCUCACAUUCUACAGCGCUGUCGAUUUUUCUGGAAACAGAUUUGAAGGACAGAUUCCUGAAUCCAUUGGUCUCCUGAAGACACUGAUUGCACUCAACUUAUCCAACAACGCCUUCUCGGGCCAUAUUCCUUUGUCUUUGGCCAACGUUACAGAGCUCGAGUCAUUAGACCUGUCAGGAAACCAACUCUCUGGAACUAUCCCCAUUGGACUCGGGAGCCUGUCGUUUUUGGCAUACAUAAAUGUGUCUCAUAACCAACUCAAGGGUGAAUACCUCAAGGAACACAGAUUAUUGGACAACAUAAAUCUUCAUUUGAAGGGAAUGCAGGCCUUUGUGGUCUUCCUCUCCAGGAAUCUUGCUUUGCACCACCACCACAACAACAUAUUGAAGAAGACAAGGAAGAAGAAGAAGAAGUGCUGAGCUGGAAAGCAGUGGUUAUAGGGUUUGGACCAGGACUGUUGUUUGGAUUAGCAAUAGCUCAACUUUUUUUUUUCAUACAAGCUCAAAAAAUUGCUCGUUUAAAUUUAAGAGUAAUUGCAUCUCCUAUACACAGAUAACCAUGAUAUUUGCAAAAAUGGAAAAUCCACUUUUAUGAUGAGUUGUUUUUUUCUAAUAGCCAUUUUACCCCUACUCAUCUAAAGCAAAACAUACUCUUUCUUUCUUCUAAUUUUCGUGGUGUUGAAUUAAAUCUUUGUCUUUCUUAUCUCCAUUGUCAUGGAAGCAAUUUGAUGUAUUCGUUUAUCUCAAGAAUUGUGAUUCUUCUCUCUUUUUUUGUGUAUCUCCUUACAACUUUUUUUCUUCUGGAUUUUGUUCUUGGUUUCUCUCUUUUUAGAACUUCAUUUUUUCUGAUUCAUGCUAGAUCCAAAAGGUGUUGUUAGCUAUAGUGAUCGAGAUGGCUUUCUCUAAUAGCAACGGCUCUUAUGUCUAGUCCAUCGGAAGAGAAGAGAUAACAGCAAAAAAAAUGUGAUCGAAUGAUGAGAUUGAGGUUGUAGUCAACUGUUGAUUUUCACCACAAAGAGUAAAAAACAGUGAAGAUGAAUCAUAGGUCGAGGUGAGGAUGUAGGAAGUGUAAACCAUGUUUCCAGUGGAGAGAUCAGAUUUGGCAGAAAAUCUUUACUGGUGAUGUCGCACAUCAAAUAAGAAUUAUAUGUUGUUUAGGAAUUAAAAUUAAUAUUAAAAAUAGUUAUACUUAUAAAGUUAUAUCCGGCUAAACAACUAUUUUAAUCAUAUGUAUUGCGAUUUGUUAAAGAGUUAAUUAUAUGUUUAGCCGAACACAUAAUCUAGUCAUUUGUUUAUCCGAAUUGAUAAAAAAUAACAACCAUCAAUUGAUCAAAUAGUCGGUAAAUAUAAAUUACAUACCAGCUAACAAGUAAAAUGUCCAGAUAAAUCAUAAUAUAACAAUACUAAUUUAAAAAUUAUCCAUAUAAAUUAGAGUAUAUCCAGCUAAUUUAAAAAUUAUCCAUAUAAAUGAGAGUAUAUCCAGCUAACUGACAUAGUUACUACAUACUAAGGAGUUUUGUAACAAGGCUAGUGAGUGUGGAUGGUCCAAGUACAAGAUGUUUCAAGCCGGUAGUUCUCAUAAAGGACACAUAAACUUUCAGUUGUGUGUAUCAAGAAGAAGACGAUAAUGGCAAAACCGGAGUUUCUUUGUGUAAAGAUCUUAUGACUAACAAGUAAAAUAUCCAGAUAAAUCAGAAUAUAACAAUACUAAUUUAAAAAUUAUCCAUAUAAAUGAGAGUAUAUCCAGCUAAUUUAAAAUUAUCCAUAUAAAUGAGAGUAUAUCCAGCUAACUCACAUAGUUACUACAUACUAAGGGGUUUUGUAACAAGGCUAUUGAGCAAGGAUGGUCCAAGUACAAGAUGGAUCAAGCCGGUAGUUCUCAUAAAGGAGCCGAUGAGAAAUUUUCAAUUAUGUGUAUCAAGAAGAAGACGAUCACUACAAGAAAACGUAAUUUUAACGAGGAAGUUUAACGAGGAAAAAUAAUCCUCGUAAAAAAACGUUGAUUUUGCGAGGAAAGUACGUUGAGAAAGAAAAGCAUCGUUAUUUCGUCGUAAGCUAACGACAAAAAAUAUUCGUCGUAAAGACGAUGUAAAUUAACGUGGCUUUUACG